AUGGAUACAUUAUUUAAUCAUAUUGAGGCGCUCCAGGCCAGGCAGGACUCUACAAUGCGGCCACCGAAAAUACGAGAGAACUAUAUUGGUGUCCUAGGAGUCUUUAGCAACCACAAGGUCGAGAUGGAAGAACUCAAACUGAGGUCGAAGUACAUGAUAAUCUAA